UGUGCCCAUGCAGAUUUAUUCAAUAUGAUCGUGUGUAAUCAUACACUUAUUUAUAAAGAAACAAAUGGCAAAUUUUAAGACAUUUAAAGACGUUUAAGAAAUUAGAAUAUUAUUCGGAUAUCUUGACAAUGAAUUUGAAUGCGAUUACUUUUUAUCCGAGAUGGCAUAAUUAAUCAGCCUAAUAUCGCGUAAAAAGUUUCCUCUCACUAUUUCAUCAGAAAUAAUCUAACAACUAACGCUGAACAGUAGGUGGACACGGUGAUGAAUUUUCGAAUUUCGGAGAAGGGGAGAUAGGAUGGGGUGCGAUUUUGUCAGGGAUAUAGAUCGAGUGGCGAUGCAAGCUGCGACGACGCAGGGAGACGGAUAGAUAGACGGAUAGACCGAUGCGACGAACGAAAAGACGAGAGUGAGAGAGAGAGCGGGGGGAGGGAGAGAAUGGCGACAGCGAUGAAGGCGCGGACGAUGGCGUCGAAGCCAGGGGUUGAACCGGCUGAUGCUUUAAGCGAUGUAAGUUAAAGACGCCUCGGAUAGUGGUCUCGGGCGCAGAUUAGUCGUAAUCUGGGUACAUUGCACUCUGCAGCGUCCUCGGUCUCCAUUUUCUCUCUCCCUUUCUUUCUCUCUAUCCCUUUAUGUCUCUCGUCUCCCUCCGCCCACCCUCUCUCUCUCUCUUGCGUUCUCUUUCUGUAUUUCCUCCGUUGAUAAACGCCCUUCUCUCUCUAGUUCUCUUCUCCCUGCGCCUCGCAGGGCACGUCCUCCGCUCGUACGUUCUCAUACCCGAACAUCGGUGUGUUAUCCACGUCGACGCAGACUAUACGGACCUGGCUAGACGCUACAUCGUUCGCUUGAUCAUUUCCCGGCUAACGCCGACGGUCGAAGAAGAUACCCAAUUGGUUGGCGCGGCAACUGCAGGUCGCGAUCGCGAUAAGGGUUGCACUGGAUUUGCGACGUCUCGCCAUGGCGAAGCUCUCGUCCAUAAUCGUACUGAUUCCGGAAUUUGUUUCGCGUAUUUCGGACACAGGGUUGGAAGAAUUUGCGACGCCACGAGAGGUAGACCGCACCCGGUAGCUCGCGUUGCUAGAACUCGCGAGAGCUUGGGAUUGCCCGUAAAGCCGGUGACGCUUCCGGCGCGUGACGUAUCGCGCACGUUCUUUUGCGAAGAUUUUAUUCAUGGUACAAAAAUUGACGAGCGCGACAGAAGAGCUCCACGUUUAUCCCAAGAAGACGCGGGUCAGGAAUUCCGAUAAUACCGCGCGAUAACUAUAGUAACAACCCGUGGUAUCGAACAAACCGCGCGUACGCUGCGGUCGGAUUUAUUAUUGAGAGCUUCGCUCGUCGUGUGAAAAAAUAUCAGAAUGUCUGAGGAGAAGCAGGAUAAAGAGAGAAAAGUAACCGAUAUAGUGGCUGCUGCAAGGCGCAGUGGCAACUUUAAAAACAAAGUGGCUGCUGAUAAUAUACGCAAGGAGACGAACUUUCUCGAAAGUUUAUCGCGGCGAUCGUGGCCAAAGAAGUAUGAGCAUUUAACCGGUCGGUUUUUCAAUGAGGUGCUGGCAGAGGAAUGCAGAGAAGCGGGGCUUCCGGUGGACACUUUCGCGCGUGACCCACCGGAAGACGCGGUUGUACAUUCGCCGAUUCCUCUGAGGUCCUCGCCGCCCGCGCCCAAGACGACGUCUGCUCAGGUCGGCCAUCGCUCGUCUCGCCCGGAAUGCAGCCUGGAGUUCACGGGUCGCCUGUACGUCUCCCCAAAGUCAACGAUGGAGCCCCCCGUCGCGGAUACUGUCGAGUUACCACGCAUGACACAACAGAGAUUUAUAUUUCUGGGUUGAAGCGACGAUUAUCCGGGGAUCAAUAGUGUACUGAUGUAGGUUUGAAGAUUAGAUACUACGAAUGCACUUUCAAAACAGUGAAAUAACGAGAAGAAUAGAAUUUGAGGGUUUUUGAACUCCUCAUCUUGCUAGUAUAAUUUUCGAAUUUGGUAGUCCCUGACUUUUUCCAAUUCAUUAUAUCUUUCAUACUUUCGAAGACAAUUUACAGCCACUGUUAAAAAACUGCUGGAAUUCACGCGAAUUGUCUCUAUGCCAAGAUAAUCGGUUAUUUUGAGCAAAAAUGUUCGUAUAAACGUGUAUUCUGAGCGAUUUCCGAGAAUUAUAUGAAUGCCUAGUUGCAAAACGUUGGAAAAGACUCCACUGUCUUGAAUUCUAGGAAAGCAUCGACGACAUUCUUCAGUAGUAGGGACAUUACCAGCCGUACACAGACAGCAUAUCUGCAUACUCGGCAUUUGUAAAAGGUGUGGCUUUUAUUUUAUUUUUUUACUUAAAAAUGAUCGAUACCUCCCAGAAUAUUAACCUUUCCCCCUGGAAUAACCCUGUAUAUUUUAAUAAAAUUAAAGUUUAAUUAUAAUAAUUAAAAUAGAAAUAAAAUAUAAA